CGCUGAGAGCACGCCUUUGGGGUUAAUAAGCUUUGCUAAGAAGAUGGAAGAGAUCAAACUCACUUUCCCAGCCGACUCUCCACCGCUUUCGGUCAUCGUUGCUCUCUCCCUCUCAUCCUCUCCGGUAACCAUCGACUCCUCCUCCUCCUCCGCCGUCCCUUCAUUCGUCUUCUCCGACGGGCGAAAGCUGACUGGGACAUCAGAUCUUCUCCGACACGUCGGUCGAUCAGCUAAGUCUCUUCCUGGUUUCUACGGCCACGAUGCUUUCGAAUAUUCCCAGAUUGAUGAGUGGAUAGACUACGCACCUGUCUUCUCCUCCUCUGGCUCAGAGUUUAAGAAUGCUUGUACACGUGUCGAUAACUACCUUCAAAGUGGCACCUUUCUUGUUGGUCAUUCUCUUUCCAUCGCCGAUGUUGCUGUUUGGUCAGCUCUUGCUGGAUCCGGUCUGAGGUGGGAGAGGAAAUCGAAAAAGUAUCAGAACUUGGUUAGAUGGUUCAACUCGAUAUCGCUUGAGUACGCCGAGCCACUCAAAAAGGUGGCUGCGUAUACUGCUGCGAAGAAGGGCUCAGGGAAGCCUGCAUCUGUUGCACCAAGAUCCAAAGACCAACAAGCAUCAGAUAAAGGGAAGCCUGAAGUGGACUUGCCCGGUGCUGAAGUUGGAAAAGUCAAGCUCCGGUUCGCUCCAGAGCCAAGCGGUUACCUCCACAUCGGACACGCCAAAGCCGCCUUGCUGAACAAGUACUUCGCCGAGCGUUACCAAGGGGAAGUGAUCAUCCGUUUCGACGACACCAACCCCGCCAAAGAGAGCAACGAGUUUGUUGAGAAUCUAGUCAAAGACAUCGGUACCUUGGGGAUCAAGUAUGAGCGUGUGACCUACACUUCCGAUUACUUCCCCGACCUGAUGAGCAUGGCGGAGAAGCUGAUGCGCGAGGGAAAGGCUUACGUGGACGACACGCCGAGGGAGCAGAUGCACAAGGAGAGGAAGGGUGGGAUUGAUUCGAAAUGCAGGAACCAUACCGUCGAGGAGAAUCUGAAUCUGUGGCGAGAGAUGAUCGCUGGAAGCAAGAGAGGGUUACAGUGCUGUGUCCGAGGGAAGCUAGACAUGCAAGAUCCUAACAAAGCUAUGCGUGACCCGGUUUAUUACCGUUGCAACCCUAUGUCUCAUCACCGUAUAGGGGAUAAGUACAAGAUCUAUCCAACGUAUGACUUCGCUUGCCCGUUUGUGGACUCCGUUGAAGGCAUAACGCAUGCUCUUCGGUCUAGUGAGUAUCACGACAGGAACGCUCAGUACUACAAAGUUCUGGAGGACAUGGGAUUGCGGAGAGUUGAGAUUUAUGAGUUUAGUAGGUUGAAUCUAGUGUACACUCUUCUCAGCAAGAGGAAGCUUCUCUGGUUUGUUCAGCAAGGGAAGGUUGGUGGGUGGGAUGAUCCACGCUUCCCUACGGUGCAAGGCAUUGUCCGUAGAGGUUUGAAAAUCGAGGCACUGAUUCAGUUCAUUCUUGAGCAAGGUGCUUCCAAGAAUCUAAACUUGAUGGAAUGGGACAAGCUGUGGACUAUCAACAAGAAGAUAGUUGAUCCUGUGUGUCCUAGACAUACGGCUGUGGUUGAAGAGUGGCGUGUACUGUUGACAUUAACCGAUGGUCCUGACGAGCCGUUUGUCCGCUUGAUACCAAAGCACAAGAAGUAUGAAGGUGCUGGAGAGAAGGAGACCACUUUCACCAAGAGGAUAUGGAUCGAGGGAGCUGAUGCGAGUGCCAUCUCUGUUAACGAGGAAGUGACUCUGAUGGAUUGGGGAAACGCCAUUGUGAAGGAAGUUACAAAGGACGAGGAGGGUCGUGUCACUGCGUUAUCAGGCCUUCUGAAUCUCAAAGGGUCUGUGAAGACUACAAAGCUGAAGCUCACGUGGCUUCCGGAGACUAAUGAGUUGGUUAAGCUCACGUUAACAGACUUUGGUUACUUAAUCACCAAGAAGAAGCUGGAGGAAAAUGAUGAGUUGGUUUUUGCUAAGUUUGUGAAUAUGGACACGAAGAAGGAAACAUCAGCACUUGGUGAUUCGAAUAUGAGGAAGCUGGAGGAUUUUCCUGAGUUUGUGAAUCCUGACACGAAGAAGGAAACAUCAGCACUUGGUGAUUCGAAUAUGAGGAACCUGCAGCGUGGUGAUGUGAUUCAGCUGGAGAGGAAAGGCUACUACAGAUGUGAUGUGCCUUUUGUCAAGUCUUCAAAACCCAUUGUCUUGUUCUCAAUCCCAGAUGGAAGGCAACACCAGCCAUUGUCUGCUAAUUGAAGAGAGAACUCUUAUUGUUCUUUUCUUCCUAUUUUAUGAAAGCUGUAUUAAUAAAUUACUAAAAAGAAUCUCUGUUAAGACAAGAAUCUAUUUUGCUUUUUUUGUUUAAAAGUUGCAAACUUAAUCUUAUCUUCUUUGAUUAGUGUA